CCUAAAAUGCCCCAAAUGAAUACUAUAGAAAAGCAAUAAACUCUCGGAUAAACUUGAAUAAAGCAGAAAGGAAAUUGGUAUCACCACCUCCUGUCCACUGCCCUCUUAUCGGGGAACCGCAAGACUUAAAAAUAGUCUUAUUAGUCUAAUUCUGAUCACAGACUGAGUACAAUCAUUUCCAACUUCAGUACAGAAAGAACUUUGCUUUCUCUUCUCGGCGACUUCUAAUACCGCAGGAAUAUAAAGACGGCUACUACUACUUACUCUAAAGUCGUACUUCUCAUAGCCAGCCUCGCUCUCCAUCGCUCCUUUUGUUCCUAAUACCAUGCCAUCUACUGGAGUUACCAUCUCUGUCACGGCAGAGACCAAUGCCGGCGGUCGGAAACAUAUGGAGGACUACAUAGCCGUCUCCCUCUCUCCCAAGGAAAGCCUCCUCUCCAAUCCCGAGAUGAGAGAGCAGGCUUUUGUGGGGGUAUUCGACGGCCAUGGGGGCAAAGAAGCGGCCAAGUACGCAAGGGAAAAUCUCUGGAGUGUCAUACAAGACCAGUCCAAUUUCCUCACACAAGAUCCACAGAGCGUUAGAGAGGCGAUCAGCAAUGCCUACCUCCAACUACACAAUACGAUGGAAGAAAGCAGAGCCUCCUGGGUCCCAAAUAAAACCGGCGAUUUGAGCACUGCCGGUACGACAGCCUCGACAGUUAUCUUUCGAAAGAACCACAUAUAUGUAGCAAACGUAGGCGACUCUACAGGUAUCAUGGGUGUGAGAAAUCCACGUUACGGGGAGCCUGGAGAGCCUCAAAUCAUCCCAAAGCUACUCACUAAAGACCAUAAGCCAGAGGAUCCCGAGGAGCAAGAGAAUAUCAGGAGACUAGGUGGUGAAGUUGCUCUUAGUCUAAAAGGCGUCAUGAGGGUUGUUUGGGAGAGAAUGCGAGUCAAAUCAAACGGAAAGAAAGAGAUCGAUCGAAUACCAUUUCUGAGUGUCGCUCGCUCCCUAGGUGACUUCUGGUCGUACUCUGCCCAAAGCGGAGAAUAUACCGUCUCUCCUGUACCGUACGUAUACGACUUUCCGCUUGACCUCAACGAACAGAAAUUCAUCGUGCUGGCCAGUGAUGGAUUAUGGAACGUCAUGAGCCCGUCGGACGUAGUCAACUUCAUUAGUGACUUUGAUAGCAAGGGCACCUCUGGUAGCAACAAUAGCAGCGAUACUAACGUCCAGAGAGAUGUAGUGAGUGCUUUGAUUAAAGAGGCUCUUAGUCGCUGGAGUCGUAAGAAACUCCAAGCAGAUAACAUUGCUGUGUUGAUAGCCUACCUGUCAGAGGAGGAGGAAGAGGAGGAAACAGGAGCUCCUCCUUUGUUUGAUGUUGUGUCGUCAGCUAACGAGGCGACCGAGGUCGGUAGUAAAUCUGCAGUUUCGUGUUCGGAGGAAGCUGAUUCUCGCCAGUGUGUAGCGAUUCCUUCUAUUCCUUCUCCGGGUGAGUCUUCUCUCUCUCCCUCCUCGUCUCUGAUCGAGAGGAAGGUUAGUGUGGAGUCUUGUUCUGGCGAGAAUGAGUCUUUCGUGAGGCUCUUUCCUAAUGGAAGUUCGGUCGAAUACGAGAGUAUGAUAAAAUACCGUCACAAGAGGAAGAGUAAGAAGAAGAAUAAGAAAUUGUCAAAGCACAAGACACUGCUACCAACAAUCGGUGGUCCACCACCUCUACAGCCUAUGAGUGACAUACAUGCAGCACUCCCUUCUCCUCCUAAUAGCGAUUCUCAUUCCCCUCCUGUUGAGUCUUGCAUUGAUUCCUCUACCAGUGGGAUCAUGGAUGAAGAAUAUGGAGUUCGUCUUCAGAAGAGGAGCAAGGAUGAUGGAGUUGCUGAUGAUGAAGAUGAAGGAGUUUCCCUGCCAGAAAUGAAGAAGUUUAAAGAGGAUCUACCCCUACCAAUCGAUUUCUCAAGACUGAGGUGUGAUAGAGUAUCUACUGAUAACUCGAGUGACAGUGGUAGCAGUGGUAUAGUCAGUGACAUGGACUCUGCUAGCAAUACUGAGAUACUAUUGUCGUUACUAACCCCACCACCUCUUGCUGACUCUCCUCUACUCUGCACUACUCCAAAGCUAAUCAAUUCUUCUUCCUUGCCAGAUAGCAACACACUAAACCCUAUUGAUAAAGAUCUUAUUAUGGAGUGUAUGUCAUCUGCUACUAGCCAGCAAGAAUAAUGAUAAUAAUAAUAACAAUAAUGCUAAUGAUGUUCUUAGAGAUAUGCUGUACGUGCUAUUAGAGAGACUAAUAAGGAAUUUUAUUUUGUGUGUUGCUCUUUUUAUUGAUAGAACAUGUGAGACUAAUGUGUGCCUAACACAUGCACUGAGAAUUAAGCUAAUUAUAAUUAUUUAUUUAUUUUUUAAAAAUAAUGAUUAUUAUUUUUAAUUUUAAA